CUUGGUCCUUCUCUCUCCCUCACUCUCCCUCAUCUCUCCAUCUGCAAUCUUCCGACAACUCUCUCGGUCUCAUUGACCAGCUUGAAGACUUGUGAGCAUCCGACUCACUUGUCAUCAGGCCAACGGUUUGCCUUCCGUUUGACCUCUUCCUGCACCAGGCCGAGAUCGAUUCAGUUUCCAAAUCCAACAACGCCGACGACAACAUCUCCUCCCUGCAACUGCAACCCUCUUAUUCGAUCAUUUUUACCAGACUCCCACAUCUUGCAGCCUAGUUGCUGCCCUCCCAAGUCAAAAUGACGACAAUGGAUCUGCGUGUCGGUAACAAGUACCGCAUUGGACGAAAGAUCGGUAGUGGCAGUUUCGGUGACAUUUACUUGGGCACCAACAUCAUCUCUGGUGAAGAGAUUGCUAUCAAACUCGAAUCGGUCAAGGCUAAACACCCUCAACUCGAGUACGAGGCCCGUGUCUACAAGUCUCUUGCCGGUGGUGUCGGCAUUCCUUUCGUCCGCUGGUUCGGCACAGAAUGUGACUACAACGCCAUGGUUCUUGACCUCCUCGGCCCCAGCUUGGAAGAUCUGUUCAACUUCUGCAACCGCAAGUUCUCCCUCAAGACCGUCCUCCUGCUGGCCGACCAGCUCAUCUCUCGAAUCGAGUACAUCCACGCCAAGUCCUUCAUCCACCGUGAUAUCAAGCCGGACAACUUCCUCAUGGGUAUUGGCAAGAGAGGCAAUCAGGUCAAUGUCAUCGAUUUUGGUUUGGCAAAGAAAUACCGGGACCCCAAGACUCAUUUUCACAUCCCAUAUCGUGAGAACAAGAACUUGACUGGAACGGCCCGCUACGCCUCCAUCAACACUCACUUGGGUGUCGAACAAUCUCGCCGUGAUGACAUGGAGUCUCUCGGCUAUGUUAUGCUCUACUUCUGUCGUGGCUCUCUCCCAUGGCAAGGUCUCAAGGCUGCUACUAAGAAGCAAAAGUACGACCGUAUCAUGGAGAAGAAGAUGACCACUCCAACCGAGGUUCUCUGCCGAGGUUUCCCGAACGAGUUCGCCAUCUACCUCAACUACACCCGUUCCCUCCGCUUCGACGACAAGCCGGACUACUCCUACCUCCGAAAGAUCUUCCGUGAUCUGUUCGUUCGUGAAUCAUUCCAGUAUGACUACGUCUUCGAUUGGACUGUGUACAAGUAUCAGAAGAAUGCUCAGGCCAUUGCUCAAGCAGCAGGCAACCAACCCGCUCAGGAGGAAGAGGAGAAACCACGACGUGGCCAUACCGGCACUGCAGCAGCCACUGGUGUUCCCACCCCACAGCACACUUCGACUCAAGGCAAACCAGCAGCCAUCUCCAGCUCCCGACGCAAGGUUAUCGAACGCGGCACUAGCGGCAACGACCAGGGAGGAAGUGACAGGAUGUGAGUACUUGAAUACCUUAUGGUUCCGUGUAAGGGAUCUCCUCUGCGAUUUGCUUCGGUUGCGUGGAGGUUUACAAUAGCAUCUGACUAAUGCUCUAGUCUUCGACGUUAGGCUUCGUUCUGGUACGAGGAUAACCACUGGCAACGGCGAUUAUCGUUGAAACGGAAUGACGGCUUAGUGUUGCUCGACACUGAACCUCUCAUCCAAACCUCUGAAGACUUCGGUCUUCCAACAACAAUGGGUAUGUCGGAUCCGGCGCGGGGUUUGCUCUAGCACAUGGCAAAUCCGUAACGAGUCUAUGUGACAUGCGGACUUUCUUAUCUGAAUGGCCACUCUGAUCAAUACGACAUGCAAUUACAUCAGCGAUGACCAACGACUCAUGGGAUAACAUCGACGCUUCAAGAGCAAUCUUUUGCAUGCGACAUCGGACAUGAACGAAGUUUUAGCGACAUACGACAGUACAGCAUCACCAGUGCUGCCCAUUAACGCAGAAAAUGACUCUGAACAACGUCAACCUGCUCCACCCUCAAGGUCCAUCUGGACCUCUGGGCUAUCGACUCACCACCGACCGAUCCUAAUCAUCUCAGCACGUUUUCCUAUUUCCUGUAUUGGCUUCCAACAUACGCAGAAACAAAGAGUACUGGUUCAUUUGCAGAGGAGAAGAAUGAAGUGAAAGCUUCUAGCUCGGACCUCGGCCACAUUGCCUCGACGUGAAAUGCCCGAGUGUGAAUGAAGUGAAGGGCAGAAGUGCACAGGGAUACAUGGCGAUGGAUUUGUUAGGGGCAGCUUCCGGGGAGGUUUAUGGCCAGUUACUCGAUUGCUUUGGUGAAGCAACAUAAUUAGCGACAAAGGCAAAGGGAGUCUUUUUGACUCUGACUAGCUAGUCCAAAAUGAUAUCAAUGUGCUAAAAA